AUGUGGCUCUCGUCUUUUGCUGCUCCUGACGCCCACGAGCAGCACAUUGUGCGUGUAAAUGUAUGGAAUACACACAGUAUUGCUUUCUAUCCUUCCGAUGAUGUGCUUUCUCUUGCAGUAACGUUCGAUCUGGCGCUUCUACGUCGUCUACGUGUGGUUCAUGACUCGUUUGUGACACUUUCCUUCCAAGAGCGAUGUCAUGUAGCAAGAUUACGCUUAGUACCAAAGCCAAUAGUAAAACCAAGUCAAGAGAAUAAUGAGCACAUUCAUGCCGACAUAAUGCUGUCACCACUUUUAGCCUUUAACCUUGGCAUCUCGUUGACCAGUCACGCAAUUCUAUCGAUGACUGUUUCCUCUACUUCUUCACAAGAAUUGGGACUUCCACUGCAUCCAGAACAGCCAUUCCGUCGAAAACAGCAAGAACAACCUGCACCAGCUUUGAACGCCAUCAUUGCACCUCUUUUAAUCUCAAAUCUAUCGUGUCGUCAUCAUGUUUUGCUGCAACAACGCGACGGACUUUUAGACGCUAUCCGAACGUAUUUUGCAUCACCUAAAGUUUUGCAAGUUGGAGAUGUUUUUGCCGUGGAACUACGGGAGACGACACAAUCUCAUGUUCCCAAGGAGAACAAACGAUACAAGGAUAACUAUGAGCCCUACAAGUGCGUAGAAAUACCUGCUAUCUGUAUGGUAGCAACAGAAGGUGAAGCACCUGAUUCGAUGACUGAAGUCAUGCCGCCGACAUUGGAUCUAGACACUGUACUUAUGUUCUUUCGAGUUGAAAAAUUGAGUGGGGAAAAUAAAGACGCUCUAGCGCUAACAAUAUCCCAUGCUACGAAGCUUAUGCAAGGAUCUUCGACUUCAGCAGUAUCGCCUGAUGAAGCAACUAUCAAACAGUUCUUGAUGCAGAGCCGACAUGGUGGCACUGUACCUUCAUUUGACUCACCAUUGCCGUCGGCUAUUCAGCAAAAACUAUACGAAGUGCUUUACCCGACACAGUUGUGCGAGAUUCCUGUAUCAGUUCUUCUUAGUGGUGCUCGUGGUGUUGGCAAGAGAACUCUUGUUCACCAGGUAGCAAAGCAGUUGGGUGUGAUUACAGUGGAGGUACCGUUCACUGAGCUCCCGGGACAAUCAGAGCUACAUUUGCUAGAAAAUGUGCGGGAUCAGGUAUCAAAGGCGCAAGCGCUGUCACCGUGCCUCCUUUACAUCAGCCACUUUUUUUCAAUUGAAAAACACAAUGAGGAAGCAGAGUUGCGCAUUGGUGCUGUUCUCUCUGAGUGCAUUCGCUCACUCAGUCAGAACCAACACAGCAUCCCGCUAAUCGCAUGCGUGGAAGACGUAAACGAAGUGCCCAAAUUUAUCCGGCAGUGUUUUUUGUAUGAGAUGCAUCUCGAGAUACCUGAUCAGUCUAAGCGACUUGAGUUCUUGCAGCACAUGGCAGCGUCUAUAGAGUUCAAUGACGACGUGGAUUUGAUGGAGAUUUCACAGUUGACAGCGGGUCAAACAUAUGGAGAGCUGUCAGCUAUGUUAGCAGAUGCCGGUAGUCUUGCAAUUGAACGAAUCCUUAGUGGCGGGACUGACGCAAGUAAGCAAUCGUUGAGUGAUGUGGUGUUUGGCAAUUUCGAUAAUCUGCUGUCCCAUCAAUGUUCUAUCUCGUAUAACGAUAUGCUGAAAGCUACACAAAGUCAGCAAGCGCAGGCAUCAUCCGCUAACAUCGGUAAUGCAUCGAUUCCGAAUGUGAAAUGGACUGACGUGGGUGGUUUGGAAGAUGUGAAGGAUGAGAUCUUAGAUGUCGUGCGGCUACCGAUCGAGCAUCCAGAACUUUUUGCUAGUGGUGUACGUCAACGCUCUGGUAUCUUGUUGUAUGGACCUCCAGGAACGGGAAAAACAUUGCUAGCAAAGGCCAUUGCAACGGAAUGCAAUCUCAACUUUCUCAGUGUCAAGGGACCAGAACUACUAAACAUGUAUAUUGGCGAAAGCGAGAGAAAUGUGCGGCAGGUUUUUGCAAAGGCUCGCAGUUGUCGCCCUUGCAUUCUUUUCUUCGACGAGUUAGAUUCACUAGCUCCAAUGCGUGGGCGCGGGUCGGAUUCUGGCGGUGUCAUGGACCGCGUAGUAUCGCAGCUACUGACGGAGAUUGAUGGUCUUAGUGGUGGUGGCAAUGACCAAGUGUUUGUAAUUGGAGCUACAAACCGUCCCGACUUGUUAGAGACGGGUUUAUUGCGUCCAGGACGCUUUGAUCGUUUACUAUACCUUGGUAUUUGUAACGACAAAGCAGCUCAGCUAAAAGUACUAAAGGCGCAGACAAGAAAGUUCACAUUGGCCGAGGAUACUGUUUUGACUGCAGUGAUUGAGCAUUGUCCGACUAAUUUCACGGGUGCUGACUUUUACGCGCUCAGUUCAAGUGCGUUAGCUGCUGCACUAAAGGAUCGUGUGGACUCUCUCGAUCGACAACUUGAAGAAAUUAAUGCAGAGGACUGUUACUCGUCAAGUCCCAUGACAAUUCGCUUGCUGCUUAAUCGCUUGUCACAAGAAGAGCUACGUGUGUGUGUUAGUCAACAACACUUCAUCACGGCGCUUUCGCAACUUGUUCCAUCUGUGUCACCAGCUGAAAUCCAGCACUAUGAAAAUUUAAGAAGGCAGUACAGUUCCAGGUAA